AGAGAGAGAGAGAGAAGCACGGGAGGGGGCUACUCAACACAGCGAUGAGAACAUCGUUCAAAUUGCGCUACUGUUACACCAUCGUGUAUUUUUCUCAGGCUUAUAAUUAAUUACCCUCUUUCAUCCUCCACCUCGGUCAGUGUUUCAGCACUGCAGCAUCGGUGCCUGUGCAUGUGAGCAGCGGGAGUGCUGCAGGACACCGCGCUUGAGACCCGCACCGCACCGCGCCGUGUCGUCACACCACAGGACAUUCGUCUGUCUCCACUCUCCAACACAACCACAACAUGAGCCCUGACAUCUGAGGCCGGAGCACGGGUCUCGACCACCGGAGUAUCGGGACUGUCAGAUUCCGUUUCGCAGACGAUAUCGCGCGCUGAGCCUGAAUGUCAAAAAGCUCGGCAGAAAGUCAGAGCAGGGGCGGCUCCGUCCGAGACGUGAGGAUGGCCUCAUCCAACAAUACCUCACCCGAAGGAGGCUCUCCACCCCACCCGAACCGCAUCCGCCAGUCGGACAGUAACACCAGCUUCCUGAGGGCAGCCAGGGCAGGUAAUAUUGAAAAGGUGCUGGAGUUCCUCAAGAGCGGACAGGACAUUUCCACAUGCAACCAGAAUGGACUCAAUGCGCUCCAUCUAGCAGCCAAAGAGGGUCACAUGGAGCUGGUGGAGGAACUUAUGGAGAGGGGUGCGACCGUGGACUCUUCAACCAAGAAAGGGAACACAGCAUUGCACAUUGCUUGUCUAGCUGGGCAGAAAGAAGUUGCGAAGUUGUUGGUGAAAAGAGGAGCAGAUGUAAACUCGCAAUCACAGAAUGGCUUCACUCCACUUUAUAUGGCUGCUCAAGAGAAUCACCUGGAUGUUGUGCGAUAUCUUCUGGAGAAUGGUGGAAACCAGAGCAUGGCCACAGAGGAUGGCUUCACUCCUCUGGCCAUCGCUCUGCAGCAGGGUCAUAAUCAGGUGGUCUCUCUGCUGCUGGAACAUGACACAAAAGGUAAAGUCCGCCUGCCUGCGCUCCACAUCGCUGCCCGCAAGGAUGACACCAAGUCUGCUGCUUUGCUGCUUCAAAAUGACCAUAAUGCUGAUGUCCAGUCUAAGAUGAUGGUCAACAGGACUACAGAGAGUGGCUUCACUCCUCUGCAUAUUGCGGCUCACUACGGUAAUGUCAAUGUGGCCACGCUGCUGCUCAACAGAGGGGCUGCUGUAGACUUCACAGCCAGGAAUGGUAUAACCCCUCUUCAUGUGGCCUCCAAACGAGGAAAUACAAAUAUGAUUGCUCUGCUGUUAGACAGGGGGGCUCAGAUUGACGCCAAGACCAGGGAUGGGCUGACACCACUGCAUUGUGCAGCCAGAAGUGGACAUGACACUGCAGUGGAAAUCUUGCUUGAAAGAGGAGCUCCAAUAUUAGCACGGACCAAGAAUGGCCUUUCCCCGCUGCACAUGUCUGCUCAGGGUGAUCACGUCGAGUGUGUGAAACACCUGCUGCAACACCAGGCACCGGUUGAUGAUGUCACACUGGACUACCUGACUGCUCUUCAUGUUGCUGCCCACUGUGGUCACUACAGAGUCACAAAAUUACUACUGGAUAAGAAAGCAAAUCCUAAUGCCAGAGCACUGAAUGGCUUCACUCCUCUGCAUAUUGCCUGCAAAAAGAACCGAGUGAAAGUCAUGGAACUGCUGGUUAAAUAUGGAGCCUCAAUUCAAGCUAUCACUGAGUCCGGCCUGACCCCAAUCCAUGUCGCAGCAUUUAUGGGGCACCUCAAUAUUGUUCUCCUACUGCUACAGAAUGGAGCCUCACCUGACGUCUGUAAUAUUCGUGGCGAGACGGCAUUGCACAUGGCUGCAAGGGCAGGACAGAUGGAGGUGGUGCGAUGUUUGCUAAGGAACGGCGCUUUGGUGGAUGCCAUGGCCAGAGAGGACCAGACACCCCUUCACAUUGCAUCUCGUCUGGGUCAGACAGAGAUUGUGCAGCUGUUACUGCAGCACAUGGCUCAUCCUGACGCUUCCACCAUUAAUGGAUACACACCUCUGCACAUCUCCGCUCGUGAAGGUCAGGUGGAGACAGCUGCAGUGCUGCUGGAAGCUGGAGCAUCUCACUCACUCGCCACCAAGAAAGGCUUCACUCCUCUACAUGUUGCUGCUAAAUAUGGUAGUCUGGAUGUGGCAAAACUCCUCCUUCAGCGGAGAGCACUUCUUGAUGACGCUGGAAAGUACGGUCUCACACCACUGCAUGUAGCUGCUCACUAUGAUAACCAGCAGGUGGCGAUGAUGCUCUUGGAUAAAGGAGCAUCACCUCAUGCUACUGCUAAGAAUGGUUAUACGCCUCUCCACAUUGCAGCAAAGAAAAACCAGACACAGAUUGCCUCUGCGCUGCUUCAGUAUGGAGCAGAGACCAAUGCAUUGACCAAACAGGGAGUGAGUCCUUUACACCUGGCAUCCCAGGAGGGGCACACAGAGAUGGCCUCCCUGCUGCUGGAGAGGGGUGCACAUGUCAGUGCUGCCACUAAGAGUGGCCUUACACCUCUGCACCUCACUGCUCAGGAGGACAGAGUGCAGGUGGCUGAAAUACUGGUCAAGCACGAUGCAAACGUGGACCAGCAGACCAAAUUGGGCUACACUCCUCUUAUUGUUGCCUGUCACUAUGGAAAUGUCAAAAUGGUUAAUUUCCUUUUGCAAAAUGGCGCUAAUGUCAAUGCAAAAACUAAGAAUGGCUACACACCACUUCACCAAGCUGCUCAGCAGGGAAAUACACACAUUAUCAAUGUCCUGCUGCAGCAUGGAGCCAAGCCUAAUGUAGUCACUAUGAAUGGGAACACGGCACUCUCUAUUGCUAAGCGUCUGGGGUACAUCUCAGUGGUGGACACUCUGAGAGUUGUUACUGAGGAAAUAAUCACAACGACAACCACGGUGACAGAGAAACACAAGCUGAACGUUCCAGAGACAAUGACAGAAGUUCUGGAUGUGUCUGAUGAGGAGGGUGAGGACACAAUGACAGGUGAUGGAGGGGAAUACCUGAGAGCAGAGGACCUGAGAGAGCUUGGAGAUGACUCUCUACCUGGACACUACCUGGACGGCAUGAGCUACACCCAUAACUUAGACCGGUCCCAUGAGACCGCCAGUCAUCUUGCUUACAGGGGUGAAGGAAUGCUGAUUGAGGAUAUGAUCACCAGCCACCAGCUUAAUAAGGUUUCUGCAUUCUCUCGAGAACACGAGAAGGACUCAUAUCGACUGAGCUGGGGUGCUGAACAUCUGGAUAAUGUGGUGCUAACUAGCACUCUUCUGCAGUCAGGCCGAUCCACCCCAUGCCUUGACAAUGACAACAGCAGCUUCCUGGUCAGUUUCAUGGUGGAUGCCCGUGGUGGAGCCAUGCGUGGCUGUCGUCACAAUGGACUACGCAUAAUUGUGCCACCUAGAAAGUGCUCAGCACCUACACGGGUCACAUGUCGUCUGGUGAAGAGGCACAGGCUGGCCUCUAUGCCCCCUAUGGUGGAGGGAGAGGGGCUCGCAGGCAAGCUCAUUGAAGUUGGACCCACCGGAGCCCAGUUUCUUGGUAAACUCCACCUCCCAACAGCCCCUCCUCCUCUUAAUGAGGGUGAAAGUCUUGUCAGCAGAAUUCUGCAGCUGGGUCCACCCGGCACCAAAUUCCUCGGGCCAGUGAUAGUGGAGAUCCCACACUUUGCUGCCUUGCGUGGGACGGAGAGGGAGUUGGUGAUUCUGCGCAGUGAGACAGGAGAGAGCUGGAGAGAGCAUCACUGUGAGCAUACAGAAGAGGAGCUGAAUCAGAUACUCAAUGGCAUGGACGAGGAGCUGGACACUCCUGAGGAGCUGGAGAAAAAGCGAAUCUGCCGCAUCAUCACACGGGAUUUCCCACAAUACUUUGCAGUGGUGUCCCGCAUUAAGCAGGACAGUCAUCUGAUUGGUCCAGAGGGUGGGGUGUUAAGCAGCACCCUUGUUCCACAGGUCCAGGCUGUGUUCCCAGAGGGAGCAUUGACUAAACGGAUACGCGUUGGGCUACAGGCCCAGCCAAUCAGUGAGAAUCUGGUGAGGAAGAUCUUGGGGAAUAAGGCUACAUUCAGCUCUAUUGUUACUUUGGAGCCCAGAAGACGGAAGUUUCACAAGCCCAUCACCAUGACUAUUCCUGUCCCUAAAAGCCCAACCAGUGACGGGACAAACAGUACCCCCACUCUACGACUAUUAUGUAGCAUUACGGGUGGGACAACUCCAGCACAAUGGGAGGACAUAACUGGAUCCACACCGCUAACAUUCAUCAACCAGUGUGUUUCAUUUACCACUAAUGUUUCAGCAAGGUUCUGGCUUAUAGAUUGCCGUCAGAUCCAGGAGUCUGUGAACUUCUCCAGUCAGCUGUAUCGUGAGAUCAUCUGUGUUCCCUAUAUGGCCAAGUUUGUCAUCUUUGCCAAGACAUUAGACCCUAUAGAAGCACGACUCCGCUGCUUCUGUAUGACUGAUGAUAAGAUGGAUAAAACUCUGGAGCAGCAGGAGAACUUCACUGAAGUGGCUCGUAGUCGAGAUGUCGAGCUUUUAGAGGGAAAGCCAAUCUUUGCUGACUGCUUUGGAAAUUUGGUCCCACUGACCAAAAGUGGACAGCACCAUGUGUUCAGCUUCUAUGCCUUUAAGGAAAACCGUCUUUCUCUCUUUAUCAAAAUUCGUGACAGCACUCAAGAACCAUGUGGCAGAUUGUCUUUUACAAAAGAACCAAGAACAUAUCGCAGUCUAAACCACAGUGCAAUAUGCAACCUGAACAUCUGCCUACCUGUUUACUCAAAGGAAUCAGAUUCUGACCAAGAUGCAGAUGAAGAGAGUGAGAAGACACAUGAGCAAUAUUAUGAUGGAUCUGAGUCAACAGAGCUUUCCAUGCUGCAAAUCAUACAUGAUCCUGCCACACUCGCAAGUCCAGAUAUACUUUCAGAGGUUUCUGAAAUGAAGCAGGACCUGAUUAAAGUGUCAGUCCUUCUGACCUCUGAAAAGUCAGAACAAUCGUGCUCCUCUGGCGCCGGAGAGCGAUCAGACAAAGCUGGGGAUGAGGAAAUGGAUGAGCCAUUUGAAAUUGUUGAAAAAGUGAAAGAGAACUUAGAGAAGGUAGAAGAGCUUCUUCGUGAAAGAACAACGGAUGACACGAAGGGGGAAAGUGCUAUUGGGAGAUCUGUAAAGAUUGACGAUGAGGAGUGGGUACUUCUCAGUUUGACAGAUGUUGAGGAAUCCAUAACCAAAAAUAUCACUGAAAUCCAAGAGUCACUCGUUCAAGAAGUUCAAAUCGCAAGAGACAUUAUAUCCAGUUCUCCUCCUCAGAGGGAUAUUUCAGGUAUGAUUUCAUAUCUCAGCAGUGACUUAGAACAGUGUCUGCAGGAACCGCCUGUACCAUUUAAUGAUUCACAAGAUGUGGAUAGUGUUCAAGAAAGUUUUAAAGAGGUUGUUGUGACAUGUGGUAAACACCGUCCAGCAAAAAUCAAAAAGCCAGCCAGGAAAAAGCGUAAAGAGAGGGAGUUUGCAAGCGGCAGUUCAGAGGAUGACUUGGAAAGGAUGAGUAGGAGUCAGUCUGAGGAGUCUCUUGAUGAAGAUGCAGUUAUCGGUGGAUCUGAACCUGUCUUUGGACCUGUUCCUGUGUCUCCUAGAGUUGUAGAAACUCCGAUUGGAUCCAUUAAGGACAGGGUUAAGGAACUGCAGAAGAAGGUUGAAGAAGAGAAUAAGGUGGACAGUCAAAAGUGUAAAUCCCAAAAAGUGAGUACUUCCCAGAGUAAGCCAUAUGUCACAGAGACAGAAAAAUCAGCCAGUCUUCCACCAAAAUCCCUCAGAUCCCCAAAGUCACAGACGGAACAGCUAGAGGAAACUAUGUCUGUAAGAGAGCUGAUGAAGGCUUUUCAGACUGGCCAGGAUCCAUCGAAAAGCAAGUCUGGACUUUUUGAACAUAAAGCAAUUGUGACUGUAACCUCUGAAGCAGCACAUUCUGAUAUGAUACAAGUUCCCCCAACAUAUGAUAGCCAAAUGACAGUACCAACUCAACAUUUACAAGAAAGGACAAUUACAACUGUAACCUCUGAAAUGACAAGUUCUAAUGUGGUGCAGAUUACCCCAACAUAUGAUAGCCAAAUGACAGCAUCAACUCAACAUUUAAAAGGAAGGGCAAUUACAACUAUAUCCUCUGAAGCAAAUUCUGAUAUGAUGCAGGUUCUUCCAAUAUAUGAUAACCAAAUUACAGAAUCAACCCAGUAUUUACAAGAAAAAAAUGUAGUAAAAAACAAGAUCAUUCAAGAAUCAUCACAUAUUGACCAAAACACAAUUCAUCAUAAACCAAUGAUCGAUGAUGGUGAAGCAGUACAUGAAAAACCACCGACGAUUAUCCAAAUCAAAGGUGAUCAAGCUGUACCCAACAUUAUCUUUAACUUUGAAGACAAAAGUUCUCCAGAAGACCUGCUCAGUAAACAUACAACAAAUUACCAAAAUGGAAAACCACCUCAGGAACCAGAAACUGAGGAACAACAAAUAUGUCAUGAUCUAUUAAGUAACGAAGACCCGCUGUUGAUACAUGAGGGAAUAUAUUAUGAAGAUAACAGGAGAUUGUCUGUGGAACCUCAGAUCAGCCCAGACAGGAAACCAUCAGAGGAUUUCAGUGCAGAUAUUAAGGCAGAACUUGAGGAAAAUCCUGAAUAUCUGCGCUUUAGGCGAACUUCAGGUAAAGCAAGUAAACAUUAUUUAAUGUGUAGUGAUGGCCUUUCUUUGGAAGAUGAGGAGCAGCUAAACCAGGCAGCAGUGGAUCCAAGUAAAUCAAACAUAAUCACUGCAUUUGCUACUGCGAUGGUGCAAAGUGAACCCUUAUGUCAAAGUGAAAUACUUGAUGGAGCAUUGGAAGAAAGUCCUGAUAGUGACAAACACGAGACCUUGGCAGACUCUCCUGGCAAUAGUAUAGGUACAAGGACUCCUCACUCCAGCACAGGUGAUAGUGAGAAGCAUGAGGGACUUGCUGAAACCCCUCAAAACUGGCCUGAAGUCCUUGUUUUUUCUUCCAGUACAACUACUAAAGAAACAGAAGACAAAUAUCCAGGGGGUCAGGAGACUACUCACCAAUCAAGUUUGACAUCACAUGAAAGAGCAGAGAGUGACAAGAGUGAAUUAUAUUCAGUAACCUCCAUUAAAAGCAAGACUGAAUUACCUUAUGAUUCUAAGAUCGAAUCAUCUUCUCCAUCCACCAAUAUUGAGUCACCAUCCUCUGCACAAUAUAGCCAUCACAGUCAAGAUGUACCAGAGAGACCUUCUAGUUUGGAUUCUCUGCAGCCUGCAACCAUGAGUGAUACUAAAACUCUCUGUAGAACAGACUCGCUUGAGACUACUCCCAUCAGAGAAGAUGGAUCAUCCCAAAAAUCCCCAGACUCUAUUGAGCCAAGCCCAAUCAAGGAAUCCCCAUGUCAAGACUCUUUAGAGGGAAGUCCCACUGGUCAAGAAUCUGAAAGGGUCUUCUCAAGAAGUCAGGCUUUCAUUUCUGACUCCGGGGAAAAAGAAAUAAUUUCUAAACAAAAAAUUUAUUUAGAAAGUGAGUCAUCCCAAGGUUCCCAGGAGACCUUAGAUAUGCAGUGCAUUCCCAUGACCCUGGAGCAAAAAGAAAAGGUGAUUGACAGUGAGGAUCUUUAUGACUUUGAUGCUUUACAAAGGCAAUUCACUCCAGAAGAAGAGAUGUUUAAGAUGGCUGCAAAGAUCAAAACAUUUGAUGAAAUGGAAAAGGAUGCAAAAGUCAAAAAGGUAAAAUUUGAUUUUGAUUUUGAUUGUGGUUCUAAACAAACAAAAGAGGAAGAAGUGCUGUCACCACAUAAAAGUUCACUAGACUUCAACACAAUGUUAACCAUAACAUCAGAAGAGCAGUACUUGGAGAACUCUGUUGAAUCUGGCCCGGUAUUACCUUUGCAUUCCUCUUUGUCAGAUGAUGAUUAUGACAGUCCUGAGUUGGAUGAAUCAACUUACAAGGUCUCAGAAGAAACCACUGAGGUUUUAGAGACCACAGAUAAAAUUGAGGAGGAACAUACUCAUUUAAAGAUUGUUGAUUUACAGGCAUGCAUAGACAGACCAUCUAUAAAAAUGCAUAUAGAGAACGAGGAUGAAGACUAUGAACCGUUAACUUCAGAGUACCAUAGUAUAGUGAUAGAAGAGACUACAACUAAGGAGGAUCUCAUUAUUACAUCAGCAGAGAGCAAAAUGGGCAUUGAGAAGGAUGGUGAUGCUGAUUCUAUGUCUAUUGAUCAGAGCACAACUUCUGAAAAAGUUCUUUCUCCCAUCGACAAUGUAGGUGCUGCUACUGUCACAAAGGAAGUGCAGGAUGAAUCCCAGCCAGAUUUAUGUAUUUAUCAAAAGGACAAUGAAGAGAAGCCAGAAGAAAUCCCAGUGCCUAUUCCAAGAGACUUGGUUCCCUGGAGUGCUGAAGUGGAAGACGAUGAGGCAUUUGAUGCAAAAAUUGAGGCUGAAGAGCAGAAAAUACUUGCUUUGUGUAUAGACAGAUAUUCCCAUGGAACCACACCUGACACAACUCCAGGACGAACUCCUACUGAAGAGGGGACACCAAAUCCUUUCCUCUUCCAAGAGGGAAAGCUAUUUGAGAUGACCAGAGGUGGUGCUAUUGACAUGACCAAAAUGAACAUGGAGGAGGAAGAAGAAAGGUUAGCCUUUUUUCCAAUAAAUGAAGACCCAAGUGAAGAAUUUGAGCAAGUGAAUUUCAGUGCUAGUGAGUCUGUUGCAGUAACUUCAUUUGAGAUGCCUACAGAUGGUUUAGUUCAUCAAGACAGACUUACUGAGGAACCUGAUGACUUUAGUAAAACUGGAACCAAAAGUCUUCAACCAGAAUAUCCUGAACAGAAUGAUUUUCCUAUCCAAAGUGAACCAAAGAGUCCCACAAAAGAUAAUGGAAUCUGUGAAGACACAUUAAUACCGAAUGUUGACACUGCCGCUUAUACAGUAACACGAACAGUUUAUUCUGAGCAAGACCCGGAAUCCUCUGACUCUUCAGUGGAAGAUGAACAGCAUUCUGUUGUUGAAAUGACUAUAUCCACCCAAGUAUCUACAAUUUCCCCUAGUGUCUCAGUUCAUACUGUUAUUCAACAGCAAUUCCAGACAUCACCUUCAAUGCACACUCCAUCCAAGAACCUUGUUGCUGAAAUUGAAGACACAACAUCUAAACCAAAAAUAGCUGUAAAAGCAGCCAGCUUUGACCAAGUUUUAGGACAAGGGGACUCCAUUGAACAGAAUCAAAGGUCUAAAUCUGUAGAAGAUAUUGGUGACUCAGAAUGGUCAGUGUCUGUUAUGGAUGAUCACACUAAAAUAGACAGCAGCUACACCAAACCAAAUACUUCAUCCUCCCAGAUGCCUGUUUCACCGACACAGUCUCCUACCCUACAGUAUGCUGUAUCCAGUCAACCUGAACUUCCUGCUGAAUUCUCUCAGGAUUCGGAUUCUUCAAGGAGCACAGAGCAAGAUAAAACCAAAGGAGAAAGAGCCUCUGUUGAGUUAGGGAUAGAAACUAGUUUGAAAGCAAUUCGACCCCCGUCUGUAGGGGAUGAUGUCUUUGAGUCAAGGCCCAACUGGGAAGAUUGUGUGGAGACACAGAUGCAGAGAACCUCAGACAGCACUACCCCAGACCAAAGUAAAGUGGACUGGCAUGAUGAUGCAGAUAGGAAAGAAGAGACUUUGGCCAUCAUUGCUGACCUUCUAGGUUUUAGUUGGACAGAGCUGGCCAAAGAGUUGGAGUUUAACGAAGAUGAGAUUCAGCAAGUGCGUGUUGAAAACCCGAAUUCACUACAAGAGCAGAGUCAUGCUCUUUUACAGCGCUGGGUAGAGAGAGAAGGAAAGCAUGCAACUGAAGAUACAUUGAUUAAAAGACUGACUAAAAUAAACCGCAUGGACAUUGUCCAUCUUAUUGAGAUCCAAAUGCACAAGUCAGUUCAGGAGCAAACCUCAAGAACAUAUGCAGAGAUUGAAAGGACACUGGACCACAGUGAAGCUCUCUCCUCAGUCCAAGAGGAUGGUGACAGUCUUCAGGUGGUGCGGAGAGUGGAGACUUCACAAAGACAUCCUCCAGCUGUGUCAGAAGAAGACUUAUCUGUGGCCUCUCUUCUUGACAUUCCAUCGUGGGCUGAAACAAUGGCAAACACCAAUUCAGAGAGCAUUCAUGGGGAUAUGAUAGAAGAAUUGGAGAUCAUCCAGGAUAGCUUCACCAAUCCAUGGCUGUUUCAAGAGGUCAAAAAAGAAUCUACAAAGGAAGAUGCAGAUGAAGAAGAGAUUGAUGAGGCAUUAGGUGUGCUGUCGGAUAGCUCUGAUGAGGAUGUGGUGACCACCAGAGUGGUGCGAAGGAGAAUAAUUAUUCAGGGUGAUGAUGUUCUAGAUGUUCCUCCACAGACUGUAACAGAAGAGCAAUACACAGAUGCACAGGGAAACUUGGUUGUGAAGAAGGUGACCAGGAAGGUCAUUCGACGAUGUGUGUCAUCUGAUGGGGUGGAGACAGAGCAGGUGAGGAUGGAGGGCUCCCCCCAGCAGCCUGUCAAUGUGGCACCAGGAGAUGGAUACUCAAAAGUAAAAAAAAGGACAGUACUGAAGAGCGAAGGACAUCAGACAGAGGUGACUUUCCAUGAGCAAGAUGGCAUGUCAUCUUCAAAGGGUGAAUCUUCUCUAGGUCAAGAGGUCAGACAGGUGGUCCAGAUGACAAUGGUACAUGGAGAACAGCUAGAAAAGCAUGAGGGGGAUCCUUGUCUUGCCUCAGACCUGCCCUCAGCCAGGGGGGACUUCACCCAGGCUCUAAGCUACUUUGGAGGUUUUAGGAAGGUGCAGAUUCCUCAAGUGGUAGAGCAGGAAAUACAGCAGCCUGAUGGAUCUGUGAUCAGGAGGACGAGGAUGCAGAAGUCUAGGACCCACAGGAGAUCAGUACUGAGGGAUGCUGGGGGACAGAAGCGGGUGUGCGUGGAGCAGAUUGACGAUCAGUCUGAGCCCCAUGACAACCUACAGCAUCACCUCCAUCACCUCAUUCACCACUACUGUGCCCAAAACGACAGAGACGAAGAGGAGGAGGAAGCCGGAGAAGUCUGAGUGAUGGGUUUUCCCCUUCAUUUUCCUCUCCCUAUCUCCAUUGCUCCUCUCUUUGAGCCUGUCUGCUCUCCUAACCACUCCUAUGCACCAUGCUCAUGCUAUCCCAGAGUGCACUUCACUCCUGCCACUUCCAGUCUUCCUGUCCAGUCAAACUGGAUGUUUGCCCAGUUUGUCAAUGGACAAUAUUUACUCUCUCGUUAUUUUCCCUAGUUUACCACAAGUGUUUCUGUCCUUCAUUGUGACCAAAUGGUGUUCUUUCCUUUCCUUUCCUUUCCUUUCCUUUCCUUUCCUUUCCUUUCCUAUCCCUAGUUAUAACACCAAUGAACACACACACAAAAAUCAAAAUAACCAAAAACAUUUUUAUCAAUAGAGAGAGAAAAAAAAGACCACAUCAUCACAUGCUCUUUUGAUCUCAAUGGUUGAGAUGUCUGAAAACUUCUUGCCUUCUUUAUCAGCUGUUGAAGUAUCGUGUGUCUGUGUAUUCUAUCCAUGGAGAGUAUAUAUAAUAUGCAUUUUUAAAAUGACAGUAGAUCACAUUAGCCACCUGUAAGGAUAUUAGCAGGCAUGCUUAGCUAGCAUCAGUCACUUAUUAAUAACAGACUCUUUCUGUGGUUAGACGACUGUCAGUCUUUUUCGUCUCGCCUCCCUUUUUUUGUGUCUGUGAUAUCUGUAGCAAUUCUAGUCGUCAUUAUCAUCAUCACAUUUCAGUGCAGCUUUUUGUUGUAAUAGAACACAUUAACAUGCGCUUUAUGGUUUUAAACUCUAGCAAGCGUUUCGAGAGGGACUCAGGAAGCAAAGGUGGAAUUAAAUUCAAGUAAUCAGUUACACAUAUUCUAAUCUAUUUUUAACUUUCAAUCUGAAUUUAUUCUUUACGUAUGUUUUUAAGUGAAUGUGUGUUAAAUCAGAAAUGUGAUUUUUAUUUUCAAAUUAUAUUAAUCUUGUUCUGUACAUAUUGCUCAAUAUCAGUAUGUGUCGAAACUUGCUCUGAGGUAUUUAUGAUGGUGAAUGCUUUUAAAAUCGUACUGGUUUCAGAAGUGAGCAUAAGGGAUGUAUGUUUUUUUUUUUUUAAAGAAUGUUUUAUUUUGAUGUAUUUUGUUUAUUAUACAUAAGUGGGAGUAUUUUCUUUAUGAUUCACCAAAUCACAGGUUGGCUUCAGUUGAGACUGUUGGGAAGGAGAGCGUACCAUGUGAUAUUCAAAUGACUUUUCCUAUUAACUGCAGAUUAAUACAGCUGUGUUAGCAGAGGUUGUUUUUUGCUUCUGGUCUGAGGCCAGCUCUGCUUUCCCCCCUUAUAAUAAUUUGCAUUUGGGGAAACUGGCCCUGGAACAGCAUUUCAAAAGUCAUCCUCUGAACUAAGCAAUGUCAUUAAGUUGAACACUGCUACUACUUUCACUGUGACUGGCCCAUGUUUGAUUUACAGAAUCCGCAUUCUAUGUCUGUGGAGAUAAGAAUAUGCAUAUAUAUAUAGUACAUAAAUAUCUAUCCAUAAAGGCAUGUAUUAGUUUACUGUAUGACUUUUAAAAAAGACAUUUAAACACUAUACCUUUGCUGCAGUGUGUGUAUAUGGCUGAAAAGAGAAUAAAAGUGUAUAAGUGUCA